UUUUACAUUGUCAACUUCCUGUUUAGAGGGAAAAUGAAAAGCUUGUAGAACGUUAUAUUUAGUUAGGUAAGAAAGUAAGUUUCGCUGCAUAGCCUUUCUGUGUGCAUUUAUAAGAAGGAAGACGUUUUCGGGCUUCAGACCUUUCCCCCAAGUGAGCUGCCGACACCUUGGCUGUGACGAUCGAGGACGACAGCCAUCUUGCUGCCAUCCCUCCAUCCUUUCCCAGUUUCUUCAGUGACAAGGGCAGACAGGCGAGACGACGAGCAUCGCGGACGAGUUGUUGUUCCUGGGACGACAUCUACACGGGAAGCGUUUGGCGGGGUUUGUUUAAAAGGCCUCUCCCCCAAUCGUUGUUUUUCACCCACCACCACCCCUACAAUCAGCCGACACCACCACCACCAGCCUCGAGGACGGCCUUUGCAUCGCGAUGAUCGGUUGGCCGCGACGUGUGUUGUGCUUGUUGGUAACCCGCCGGCUAGGCUAACUCAGUGUCGGAGCGCGCGCUGGUGGACAGCGGAGGCCAUUUGUUGUUAAUUAACUGCGAGGAUUUCAGUGUUCGACGUGCAGCGUCCCUCUUCCUGCGGCCAGGAGACCCACUCACCUCGCACCAUCACAACUUCGGGAGGUCGAGCGGCCUCAACGGAUUAACGGUCACCGCCGGUUUCUCUUCAAUUGUUCUGUGGACGUCGGGGUGCCAGCAGCGCUUCCUCGCGCGUCACCAUGUCUGUGAAUGGUUCCAGCCCCGGGGAGUACGUCCCCUCUCCACGUCCCCACCCCCGCCUCAGGCCCGAGGGCGCGGCCUAUGCCGAGCGGAACCGGGGGAACAUGGAACGAUGGUUCGACUACAGCGAUAACGUCAACAACUACACCUCGCCGCGACCUGGCGAGCGCCUGAGAACCGACACGGCGCGAAAAAUAGCGGAAGUGAACAAAGGAUGCAUGGAUGAAAUGAUGGGAGGAUAUGCUGAUCCUCCAAUUCAGCGCCAGAUUCACCCCCGUGGCAUAAAGCCAGAGGCUACAGCAAUUGCAGAAGCCAACAAGGGCGAUGGUAUGAGGGUUGUGUUAGAAGACUAUGCCAACUUGGACAUACAUGAGCCCACAGGUCCCAAAGUCCAUGGUGCAGAGGCCAAAGAGUAUGCAGACAGGAAUCAUGGCCAGGUUGACCACAUUAUCAAUAACUAUGGAGUAGUUACUCCUACUGCACCACCUCCUCCAAAAGUGGGUCUUGGGGGCCAGGAUAACCUGGAGAAGGCCCAGGGGGCAGGUAUGGGCCCUAUCUUGAGGAUGGAAGGCAACAAGACUCCACAUGAACCUAAGAUUGGGCGUUUGCACCAGGAGUCGCAGGAUGGAGGUUGGGAUGAAGUCCUGCCAGCUAGCCGAACUCGUCCUGAAGCUGAGAACAUUGCCAUUAAAAACAGCAAUGAUUCCAUGUAUGGUCUUUUGCGUAACGACAAUGUGCAGCCUGUCAGCCCUGCUAAAGACUUAAAGACUUUGCCACACAUGAAAGAAUCUCCAUCCCCGCGAAAGCUGACCACACCACCUCGCAUGCGUCCUGAGGGCAUGAAGAAUUACGAGCGUGCACAUAACCAGUCAGAGAUGUCAGCAAUAUUGAGAGGUGAAGGAGAUAAUCGAACAGCCACACCACAACGGAACCUACGUCACCUGCAGCGCUCUGAGCUGUGGUAGAGCUCUCGUUCUCUUCUUUCUGUUAAUGCUUUGGCUUUCAUGCAUUAUGGCUAUAUGACCAAAACUUUAUAACCCUGACACAGAUCAGUGCCUCAUUAAGUGAACCUUUCUGAAGUAGGUUUUCUAACCACAUUUGUGUUGUCGUGUAAUUGUUACUUUCAUGUGCUUUGAUCACCGUUCUUGUGUUUUACGUCAAAUAUGAACCAAGCAAAACAAUAAAUCCACUGACUAGCCAAACAAGAACAAAGAAAACAAAUCUCCCCAAAUGGCAGCCAAACCCUCAUCAAAAAGGUCUUUUAUGAAGCACUAUGAUAUAUUUUUUUAAAGUAAAAUUUGAUCUUCUAACUGCUUGGCCACUGGUGCACUUGGCUUUAAAACAUGCAAGUCAUGCAAUGAACAUGGCAUGGUUUUACUCUCCUGCAUCUAAUUUUGUAAAGAAAAUGAUGGUAUAAAGAAAAUGGACUUGAGCACCCUGACAGCUAAGCUUCCAGGUGUGGAAGUGUUAAAGGAAGUUGACCAACUCGUCUCAUGUUUUACAGGAUCAUUUGGCUGUAUAUACUGUCAUGUAUACUGACAUCUUGUAACAAAAAUGCCUUAGACCUGACAAACAAAUCUGAUUGUCUGGUAGAAUCUGAUGUCUUACAAGUAGAGAGUGAGUGUGUACACGUGUGCGCUAUUGUUUUUGAAUACACGUGCAAAUAGAACACAGAUUUACUACCUGAAGAUAAAUAGUUAUAAAAGAAGCAGGUUUUUAAUCAGUUACGAUGACGAAUUUAAGAAAAGAGAUCUGAAACCUGUAAAUCUCAUUCAAAUGUUAUGAAUGUACAGCUGAGGCUGUGCGAAGCUGUUGUGAUUUGCUUUUUUUAAAUUAACAUUUUACACUGGGUAAAUGUAUAUUUUACAUAUCAAAAUGUUUACAGCGUUGGAAAAUGGUUUAUACAAGUUUCGGCUUUUGGGGUUAGGGUUCAUAUUUAGAAUAUUUACACAGGGUUGUUCAGUAUUGUGUUUACAGCGUUGACUGCUGUUUAGAAAUGGUUUGCAGCAAGGAAGUGGUCCCAUGCUGUUCAAAUGGUUGUGCAUAGCACCUCAACUCUUUUUUUUAGCAGCUGAGCAAGAUUUUUCUAGGGAGUUGGAAAGGUGAAGGCGACAAACCACCGACUGGAACAAAUCUUAAGUAAUUUUUUUUAAAAUUUGUGGAAAUGUACUGAAAAUAGAACAACUGUUUUAAUGCAUAUAUUUUAUAAUAAAUUUAUAGAGCAUGUUGUGUACAGGAAAGUAAAAAGUAAAAAGUC